CCUUCCGACCGGAAAUCUCCUAGAACGAGACUGCAAUACACUCGUAGUACAAAGCUUGACUCGAUAUUACAGAAAAAACCUUGCAUAGAGUGACUAAAACGCAAAUUUUGAUGAAUGUAAUAUUUAAUGUCGUCGUCUGAUGAGAAAUGCGGUCUGACCGAGAAUAUUUUGAAGAGAAACUCGCAUUUCCCUGAAACCUGCCCACCAAAGAAACAGAGACUGAGAUUUAGCACAAUGGAUUCUAACUGCGUUCGUCGGUCAAAUUUUGAUAGUAUGCCGUCAAACUCGACAUUUAAAAUGUCUUCCACGAGCAACGUUCCAAAGUAUUCAAAUAGUAAAAAGAUUAUGGUGAAAAAUCUAAGAUGUCGAUCAAAUGAAAGUAACGAACUGGAGGAUCAAUCAUGGGAGAAGCUGAAGAAUGCUGUCAUAGCUGUCCAUACUGAAUCUCCAGUAGAAUUUUCCAUGGAAGAAUUAUAUUCCGCGGUAGAAAUUACAUGCGGAAAUAACUUAGCUGAUGUUCUCUAUAAGAAAUUACGUGAUGUUUGCGAAGAAUUCGCAAAAGAAACAUUAAAAAAUAUUAAUAUUGCUGAUGGAAUAGGUAAUGAGCAAUUUUUAAAGAUUUUGCAAAAUUGCUGGCAGAGCCAUUGCAGUCAAAUGGUUAUGAUUCGAAGUAUAUUUCUAUAUCUAGAUCGAACUUUUGUAUUAAAAUCUAAUUCUAUUUUGUCUUUGUGGGAUAUGGGUUUGGAUCUUUUUCGUAAACAUGUAUUAAAUAAUUCUAGAAUUCGAAAACGAGCAAUUGAUGGAAUAUUAGAGAUGAUCCAGCUAGAGAGAAAUGGCGAUGCUAUAGAUCGUGGAUUAGUGAAAAAUUUAUUAAGAAUGUUGUCGGAUCUACAAAUGUAUACCGAAAUAUUCGAAACGAAAUUUAUGGACACUACUCAGAGAAUGUAUACUGCUGAAGGACAGCAAAGAUUACAAGAAUUAGAAGUCCCAGAAUACAUUUCCCAUGUAAAUAAACGACUGAAAGAAGAAAAUGAGAGACUUUUAUAUUAUCUUUCAUACAACACCAGAAGGAAAUUGAUAAAUUGUGUUGAAAAUAAACUAUUAGAAAAUCAUGUUGUAACUUUGUUACAAAAAGGACUAGAUCAGAUGCUUGAAGAGAAUAGAUUAGAAGAUUUAAAACUUCUAUAUGAGCUACUCGCUCGAGUUAAAGAUGGUUUACGAGAAUUAUGCACAUAUUUCGCAUCGUUUAUAAAGAAAAGGGGCAGACUAUAUGUAAUAAACCCUGAAAACGAUGCUGAAAAAGAUAAGGAUAUGGUUCAACAAUUGCUAGAUUUCAAGGACCAAACCGACAAUGUGAUAGUUACGUGCUUAAAUAACAAUGAAAAAUUCAUUUUGGCUAUGAAGGAGUCUUUCGAAUAUUGUAUUAAUCAAAGGCAAAAUAAACCUGCAGAACUGAUAGCGAAAUAUAUCGAUGGUAAAUUAAGAGCAGGCAAUAAGGAAGCGUCAGAAGAUGAAUUGGAAAAACUCAUGGAUAAAAUUAUGGUUUUGUUCAGAUUCAUCCAUGGAAAAGAUGUUUUUGAAGCAUUUUAUAAAAAAGACUUAGCAAAGCGCUUAUUAGUAGGAAAAAGCGCAUCAUUCGAUGCUGAGAAAUCUAUGCUAUCAAAACUUAAACAAGAGUGUGGUGGAGCCUUUACUAUGAAACUGGAAGGAAUGUUCAAAGAUAUGGAUAUUUCACAUGAUUUUAUGCUCAGUUUCAAACAGCAUUUACAACAUACUCCUGUAGCUAUUGAUAUAAAUGUUAAUAUUCUUACUAUGGGUUAUUGGCCUUCCUAUACACCUGUUGAUGUCAAUUUGCCAGAAGAAAUGCUUCAUUUGAGAGAAAUUUUCAAAAAUUUUUAUUUGAGCAAAUAUAGUGGUAGAAAACUCCAGUGGCAGCCAGGACUGGGUCACUGUGUUGUUCGGGCCAAGUUUAAUAAUGAAACUAAGGAGUUACAAGUGUCAUUAUAUCAAGCUCUUUGCCUAUUGUUAUUUAAUGAAGGAGAUUGCUUUGGUUUUACAGAAAUAUCUAGUCAUACUGCAAUCGAGGAGGGAGAACUGAAGCGAACUUUACAAUCAUUAGCAUGUGGUAAAGCUCGAGUACUUACAAAAGAACCAAAAGGAAAGGAUAUCUUCACGACAGAUAAAUUUCAUUUCAACAAGGACUUUAAACACAAGCUGUUUAGAAUAAAAAUAAACCAAAUUCAAAUGAAAGAAACGAAAGAGGAAAAUACGGCGACUGCUGAACGUGUCUUUCAAGAUCGUCAGUAUCAAAUUGAUGCCGCCAUUGUUAGAAUUAUGAAGAUGAGAAAAAGAAUAACUCACAAUUUGCUCAUCUCAGAAAUAUUUAAUCAGAUAAAAUUUCCAGUAAAACCAUCAGAUUUAAAGAAAAGGAUUGAGAGUUUAAUUGAUCGCGAUUACAUGGAAAGGGACAAGGAAUGCUCGAACACAUAUCAUUAUGUUGCAUAGAAAACUAAUUUACGAUCCAAGAAAAGUAUGCUUAUUCUUUUUUCUUGACUGGACUUUAUUCGAGUGGAUACGUAACUCGAAUAGCCUUUUAUUGUUGUGUAAUAUUUCUUGUUGACAUACUGUCAAAUUAAACAAAAUUUUGUUUUUCUUCUCCCUUUUUUAAAAUCCAAAAACAUAUUUUACGCAUCUAGAUAUUCAUACAGCAUUUUGCUGUUGUUUUCUAAAUUCGGGUUCCAAUUAUAUCCGGCUUUAUGACUUCCAAGAAUUGCCGCACCCACGCAUGCAUGAACAGUCGGUCUCAAAAGAGUAACUUUUUUUAGUGAGCUCCUCUUCAGUUCCUUUACGAAACCAGAUUUCAGUAAAUUCCAACUAUAAAAUACGCUACCAACACAGACAACUUUGAUUUCAUUCACUUCUUGUGAACUGGAGACAACAGCUUUGACAUGCAUACCUAAUAACUGACCUGCCUCUUCGAAAACUUCCUUACAUAACUGAUCUCCGUCAUUUGCCAAUUCAGCAACUUUUAUGCAGAAGGAAGCAAAGAAAGGUUUAUUGAAUUCUCCGUAAAAAUGCUUCAAUAAUCCCAUUUUAUCUUGAAUAGAGAAAAAAGACUUUAUUGCAUCCCAAGAUCUUUCGAUAGAAUGAACAGAUGGUUUUAAGUUGUCGGUAUGAUCAAAAACAAUUUUAAUGACCCUGUGAGCUAUCCAAAAUGCAGAACCUUCAUCACCGAUAAAUUGUCCCCAACCACCGCAUCGGAUGUUUGUACCAUUUGGAUCAAUGAGCUCGCAGUUGGAACCUGUGCCACUUAUCAAAACAAUGCCUUUCUCCAAGCCAAUAAUGGAAGCUAACGAUCCAACUGUGUCGCAGGACACGUACACUUCGUUGUCGCAAAACUUACAUUUAUCAACUUCCUCCUGUAUUUUUCGACGGGAUUCUGAGUCAUCUCCACCGCUUAAUGACAGACCGAUAGAAAAUAAUCGGAUAUCGUCGGUCUUGGAAAGGGCUUCAUUCACUAGUUGUCUGAUGCGUUGAAUGCAUUCAGGUAUUCCGAUUUGCUAUAAAAUAAUGUUAAAAAGAAAUUUUUUAAUGAACAAAGUCAUUUUGAAUGGCUAUUCAGAGUUCAAAAGCAGCCUAGUUUUUUGUGGGCGGUCAACCGAUUAAUGACAGAGAAUCAUAGUUCGCUUGAAUUAUCUAUAUGAAUUUUAGGGGAUUUAGCUUGAAUGACUUUUCCAUUAGCUAAAAUAAGGAAGCGAAAGAAAAUACCCAAUGGUUAGUUCCCUUUCCAACAAUUGAUAUCAACUCCUUACAGUUUUCGUCAUAAAUACCAAUUUUGGUUGAAGAAGCACCUCUAAAUAAUAAAGAGCCAAUAAGUAUUGAAUAAAUUCUAUUAUUACGACUAAAAUGUUUUAUAUCAACCCUUCAAUCCCGGCAAAAAACAGCUUUCCACUCAUACCUCUACUAUUCACUAAAUUGGUUGUUAGCAGACGACAAUUGAAAAAUACAAAAAUUAAUUGUCGAAAGAUGGCGCUAUACAAAAAAAGAAUAUGAUCGUUUAUUUAUUUUGGCUUGAGUUGAACAAGAGUGAAAAAAGAUGGCAAAAGUUAUUUUAUCUAAUGCUAUUCUAUAUCUUUCAAUGUUGGUGUUGUUAAAUCUUUAAUGUCUUUGUAUGUUCUGAGCGCCUAUCGGCGAGAAAUGAAAUUUAAAACGCCUGAUCAAUCAUUUUCGAUUAUAUACUUCAAAAGUCCCUCAAUCUAAUGAAACACCCUGUUGAAAGGUAGAAGAAUGCAUAGUACCUUUUAUUACGUUAUUUUCCAUCGUAAAUAGUUAUAGAUGGCGCCUUCAAUAAUUCGCCAAAUCAAAAUUAUCAAGUCCGUUAAAUGUCGAGGAGUUGACUUGUUAUGAUUCCUUACAUGCAUAAAUCUCAUAUUUCUCUAACCUUUGCAGUAUAUUUCUGCAGGAGAUACUGACGUGCAGCAGAGGACACCUGUAGAGUUUAUCCGGAUCAACGAAAUAGACCGUAGUUGACCUUUGACCCUCGACUCUUUUCGGUUCAUCUCAAUAAAAAUCGUAGCGUAAAGAUACCAAACGCUCUGUACAACUUGUUCUCAUGCCAUUCAUUAUCAAUAAUCUUAUCAAAUCGCCACUAAUUUCAUGCGUCGCUGGCGAAGACUAUUAUUUUGUAUCGAACUAAUAGGCCUACUGACCACUUACAAUAAAAAACUCCAAAUUCGAAGUCUUUGUAUUAUGUUUAUAACUUUAAUAAAUUGCUAGUCAAUACCUU